AUGGCUUUCUCUGUACAGCCUCACGAGGGACAUCUCCUCAGGAUCUUCCUUGUGUUGGUUUCGUUUCUACUUACUCCAGUGAGCCCUGCUGCUGUCGAGUCCAAUAUCAGAGUCUUCUCCAUUGAGGAACCGGACAGUCCCCGAGAAGUCUCGCCAUCUUUUAUGGAAUUUCCAUCACAACACCAAGAGCGAGAUGGAUCAUGCCCCAUAUCUGGAGAUCAUUGGUGUGGUAACGAACUGCCCGGGGACUUCUGUUGUUCUUCCGAUUCCGUUUGCAAGGUCCUUGCUGCAAACACAACCACUCUAUGCUGCCCAAAGAAUUCGAAAGGAGAAUGCGAGGUCAUCUUGCCUAUAACCUGCCAAAUCGAAAGGCAAAAUCCUUUGACAAACCCAUCAGCGGAGGUCAAGUCAUUAGCACUUAAUCAAGAACUAAAACGAUGCGGAACCAAAAGCGGGAGCAAGAGAUGCUGUCCCUUUGGAUAUAGUUGCAGAGGCGACAAGGAGUGCGUCCUUGACAAAGACCAGGACGAGAGUUACGCCUUCCUUCUACCUGUACCCAAGUAUUCAACAUCAUCUCCAGUAACAUCAUCUCCGGCAGCAACAUCCACGGCUGCAUCCUCAGUCACAUCUGAUAUUCUUGCAGUUGAAACAUCAGAAGCCCCCGAUAGGAUCGCGCAACCACCAGUAGCUAGUGCCACAGACCCCAGCAACGAGUCAGCUACCCCAGACGAUGAAGAAGAAGAGGAGAAGAAGAGUGGUGGCAUUGGUCCAACAGGGAUAGUGACUGCGAGCACUGUUGCUGGCGUCUGCUGCCUUGCAGGAAUAGGAAUAUUUGUAUGGAUGAAGUGGUUCCGGAAGAAGAGAACCGACGACACUCCCAACAUGUCACUUGCGCGAGAGUCAUGGGGCUAUUUCUCCCACAGAAGCUCUCCAUCAACUCGCCAUCUUCAUCUCGCUCGUGGUCCUGAUGACAAGUUCAUCGUCACGCCUACCACAGCUGGGUUCACACCCUCUUUCCCACCACUUGACCCGAUAGUGGAAGAGAAUAACAGCCCUGUAGAGCUUCCUGCCACUCCAGUGUCGCUCUGCAUGUGGUCCGGUAUCGAGGAUGCAUCUGUGGAGGAGCCAAAGUUGGCAUAUGUUGUCCCAGCAGCAAAACAACAGACUUGA